AUGAAACAUAACAAAUAAUAGAGCCACUAUAUUCUGGACUUCUAAGAUAUAGAAGAUAUAUCAGAUAAUGAAUCAGAAAGUUCUAAACAGUCGAAUCAACAAUAAUAAAUAAAUUAAUCAACUCCAACUCCUAAUCGAAUAGAAUUAUAGAUACCCAACUUACAAGUUAAAAAAGAAACAGUAGAAAUUCCAUCCAUUUUGAUAUAAGAAGACGAAGAACCUGUAAUCAGACGAAAGUAGGAUAUUAAUAAAAAAUAAUGGUAAGUCAACUUUGAUGAAUUAUCGGAAUAGGAAUUAGAAGAAAGCGACAGGUCAGAGGUUGCUAUAGAGAUACAGAAAGACCCUAGUCCACCUACUAUAGCAGUUGAAGAACCUUAAUAUAUUGAAUAAUAUUUUGAUGAUCAAAAUGUAAUAGAAGAGAUAGAUAUUGAAUAAGAGUAAUUAAAAAUGGAAUAAAGGAAGGAAUAAUUGAAAUAAGACUUAAUAACAAAAUAAUAACAAAAACAAAUUACAAAAGUUCAAUAGGAAUAAUAAAGAGUAUAAGAGAUUGUAAAUUUAUCAAUAAAUAAAAAUGUAGAAAUAAAGUAAAGGUAUAAAUAGAAAUUUUAUAAUCCUAAAAAUUCAUUGAUAUAUUUAAGAUUAAAAGGUAGGGAAGAUUUGUAUAAAAAAUAAGAGUAAAUUAUUGAUGAUUAGACUAAACCUAUAGAAUAAGAUGAAUAUUUAGAAGGUUUAGAAUGUAUCAAUAACUUAUUAAUUGGAUUAUCUAAAAUAAAAGAUAAGAAACUUAGUGUUAUUGAAAAAUAGAAAAUAUUACCAUUGUAAAUUCAAAGACAUCGUUUAGAUGAGAAAGGUGAUCAUCAUAAAGAAUCUAAAAUAUAGAAGAAGGAUGAAAGAGAAAAAGAUUAAGAAGAAUAAAAGAAGACUUAAAAUGAAAAAUAAACAGAAUAAACUAUAAAAUAAUAAUAAUUAUAAGAGGCACAAUUAGCUAGAUAGAUUAGACAUGAAAAGUAAUUACAGGAAAAAGAAAAGUAAAAAUUAUUAGAAUAAAGAUAAGUUUAUAAAAUAUUAACAAAGAAAUAAAUAAAUUAAGGUUUAAUNUAUCCAUCAAUUAAUAAUUAGAUUUUAUUAGUAAAUUAAAAUUUGUUUUUUGAUUGUUUUGUUUUGAAAUAAAAAAAUCAUUGUUUUCUUUUUCUUUAUGUAAUAUAUCAUAAUUUGGUCUAAAGCAAAAUAUUUAAUAUGAAACAUAACAAAUAAUAGAGCCACUAUAUUCUGGACUUCUAAGAUAUAGAAGAUAUAUCAGAUAAUGAAUCAGAAAGUUCUAAACAGUCGAAUCAACAAUAAUAAAUAAAUUAAUCAACUCCAACUCCUAAUCGAAUAGAAUUAUAGAUACCCAACUUACAAGUUAAAAAAGAAACAGUAGAAAUUCCAUCCAUUUUGAUAUAAGAAGACGAAGAACCUGUAAUCAGACGAAAGUAGGAUAUUAAUAAAAAAUAAUGGUAAGUCAACUUUGAUGAAUUAUCGGAAUAGGAAUUAGAAGAAAGCGACAGGUCAGAGGUUGCUAUAGAGAUACAGAAAGACCCUAGUCCACCUACUAUAGCAGUUGAAGAACCUUAAUAUAUUGAAUAAUAUUUUGAUGAUCAAAAUGUAAUAGAAGAGAUAGAUAUUGAAUAAGAGUAAUUAAAAAUGGAAUAAAGGAAGGAAUAAUUGAAAUAAGACUUAAUAACAAAAUAAUAACAAAAACAAAUUACAAAAGUUCAAUAGGAAUAAUAAAGAGUAUAAGAGAUUGUAAAUUUAUCAAUAAAUAAAAAUGUAGAAAUAAAGUAAAGGUAUAAAUAGAAAUUUUAUAAUCCUAAAAAUUCAUUGAUAUAUUUAAGAUUAAAAGGUAGGGAAGAUUUGUAUAAAAAAUAAGAGUAAAUUAUUGAUGAUUAGACUAAACCUAUAGAAUAAGAUGAAUAUUUAGAAGGUUUAGAAUGUAUCAAUAACUUAUUAAUUGGAUUAUCUAAAAUAAAAGAUAAGAAACUUAGUGUUAUUGAAAAAUAGAAAAUAUUACCAUUGUAAAUUCAAAGACAUCGUUUAGAUGAGAAAGGUGAUCAUCAUAAAGAAUCUAAAAUAUAGAAGAAGGAUGAAAGAGAAAAAGAUUAAGAAGAAUAAAAGAAGACUUAAAAUGAAAAAUAAACAGAAUAAACUAUAAAAUAAUAAUAAUUAUAAGAGGCACAAUUAGCUAGAUAGAUUAGACAUGAAAAGUAAUUACAGGAAAAAGAAAAGUAAAAAUUAUUAGAAUAAAGAUAAGUUUAUAAAAUAUUAACAAAGAAAUAAAUAAAUUAAGGUUUAAUUCUAUAUAGAUGUUAGUUAAGAUAAAAGUAAAAAGACUCAAUUAAAUGGUUAAGAUAUUCAGAAAUAGCUUUAAUAAGUAAAGGGGAAAGUGAGAUCUUCAAUUUUGAGAAGAGAAUUUCAGAUCAAUUAUUUAUGUAAUAACACAAGAGUAAUAUGAGAUCAGUGUUAAUAACUAAGUAAGCAAUGUUUGAUAUAGUCACAAUUCAUUAUGUUAAAGAAUAAAAGGAAGUUAAUAAAUUUGAACAAAAAGAUUUUAUUAAUAAUGAAAUGGAAAAUCUUAAUUUGUCUAUCAAUUAAGAUAAAUUAGUAAAUGAAAAGAAAAUUAUAAAAAAUACAAAUAGAAAGAAGAAAGUUUAAGAGAAUCAAAAGAAUAAGGAUUAGGAGAAAUAACAGUUAUAAAAAGAGAAAUAGUAAUAAUUAGAUUAAUUACAAUAAUAUGAUACAAUAAAAAAAUAAGAUAAUAAAUAAAAGGAUAAUCAACAAUAAUAAGAUAUUAAGAGAAUAAAAAAUAAAAUUAGUUAUUAAGAGAGUGAUGAAGAAAAGAAUGAUGAGGAUCUUUUGGAUGCUGAUUGUGUAUAAAUAUAUAAAAUUACUUAAGAUAAAUAAAGAAAAUUAGAUAAAAAAGAUAAAGAAUUGAAAUAAUAAUAAAAUAAUUAGUAAUAGAUUGAAGAGUCAAAAUAAAUUGAAUUAAAUGAACAUGGUUAAAAUAAUAAUAAUUAAUAAAUUAAAGAAUAAAAAAAAGUAAAGAAUCCAAAAAUAAAGGAGUGUCCAUUAAGUAGAUUAGAAACAAAUGAUGAGAUAAAAAAGAAAGAAUAAAUUAAUUAAAAAAGAAAAGAAAAACGUAGAUAGGAAUAUCAAUAAUAUUUAAAUGAAAUAGAAUAAGAAUAAUUAAAUGAACUUGCUAUAUCUAAAAACAAAAAAGCUAUCAAAGAUACCUAAAAUUAAAAAACUAAUAAAUAAUUAAUAAUAUAAAAAAAUAAUAAGAAACGAAGUAAUAAAUAAGAAACAGAAAAUAUAGAAAUUUAAACUAAUGUAAAUAAUUCAAAUGCUAUAAAACAAAAAGAACAAUUAAAUACUAGUGAAAAUAAAUCAACAUCUUCUAAAUCAUCACCAAAUGGAGAAUCUAUUGAAUCUGGAUAUGUUUCAUCAAAACGUAUAUAUGAAAAAAGAAAUCAAAACAAAAAAAGACUCAAAAUUAUUGAAGAUGAUGAAUCAGAAUUUUAUGAAUAGAAUGCUAAAUAAAAUGAAAAGGAACAGAAGAAAAAAAGAGUUAAAUAAAAAUGA